GGGUCAAGGAUUUCCCCACCUAUGUGGAGAUGAUAUCAUCGCAAGUACAAACACACAGACAGCUCCGCCUUCCUUGUUCGCUGAGGUACAAAAUCUCUUGACUUUGUAUUGUGCUUAUGCGGAAUCAGCGUAGAGGAUGUAUCCCACAAUGCAUUAUUAGCCCCAGUAAUACCAAGAUGGCGUUUGGGUGAGUAUUUCCGUAUAUUUUAAAUACACAACAAAAUAGGUGAGACAGUGUAGUUUGGUGCUUUAUAAUGGCCAGUACAACAAUAAGAGCAAGGCGCGUAACUGAGCCAACUGUAGUUCAGAGACAUCCCUAUCAACUUGAUGAUGAUGAAAAGCCACUUGCAGAAUUGGCUACAGCAUGGGACAAUAUCACAGAAGCAAAGUCAGCUUUAUACCGAGCUGAAGCACGUUUUGAGCACCAUGAAGAUACCCCUGGAAGCCUCCUAGAGCCAAGGCAUCCAGCUGGUGCUCGUCUACCUGUAGAUUCUGUUCCGUCCAUGGAAAUCAGAUCAAGUCCUGGCUCAAAGGUCCAAAAGACAAGAAAUCAUCCAUAUAAAAAGCCUAGAAAGAAGGUCACCAUUCAAGAGGACCUACAGCAGACAGAUUUGGACCCCGUUACUCCAGAUUUAACACCAAGCACAAUACACUCCCAGAGAUCAAGUUUCCAACAUACCAGCAACAUAACUGACAGUGCAAUCACAACUCUCAGAGACACUACAGUCAGCAAAGCUAUGAAUCCUCAAAGAGGCAGUUCAGCAACAGACCUACCAAGGGAGUCGUCUAGCAGAGACAUCCUUGGAAAUGGUUCUGCAAACCUGUCCAUCGGCAGCAGCUCAGAGAUCAGAGUCUUGAACGAUAUCCGGGGACCUAGUCUUGUCCGCCAGGCCUCUACAGUUGAAGUGUCACCGGGUUUGAGAGUGAGCAAAGACUACAUCCCUGCCUACGACAGGCUUUUUGGGGGUAACCCCGUUAUGAAAUUGAGUCAGGACAAAACAGCGCCCUCUGUGGCUAACACCCCAGAAAACAGGUUGUUGCUUCGGAUGAUAUCUUCCAGCCAAAGGAGCAGGGAUGAGUCAACACUGAACCACAUGGACAGGUUAAGAGAACGUGUGCAACAGCAGCAGCUGUCAGCAUCAACGUUAAGGGACCCUGCUCUAGAAACCCAGAGAAAGAGACAUCAAGAAGCGGAUCCUGUUCGCAUUAACUCUGAGAAUGAAACUGAUUUCCUGUUAGGUCUUCAUCCAGCUCCAAAAGUGCCUGUCCGCAAAGUUGCCUCUGCGCCGGCUGCACCUGUGUAUAGAGGUUUCAACCAGGCAGAGGCACGCUUCCAAAUAUCAGACGGUAGGAUAGUUACAGAAGAUCAGCUGAAAAGAAAAACAAGCAGACCAAAUAUGAAAAAUGAAGGACAACUCCUUGUUUCCAAUCAGACAAGAAAUAGUGGCAAAAGUGCAACAUCAAAGCCUUUACAACCGUUACAUAGACAGACAGAAGAUAAUCAGAUGCAUAGGAAUGUUCAGAAGCCAGUUCGUAAAGUCCGUAAAACUCCUCUUCCAAAUGCUAAGCCAAAGAAACCAGAACCAGCGCCUGGUGUGGGUGCAAGGGCGUGGCGGGAAGGACAGAAAACAGUUAUCAAGGUGCUAGGUCCUCCACCAAAGGUUCCUAAACAGACUUCUGAUUCAGUGCAGACAAAAGAGUCCACUUCAGAACAUGUGCAAAACUCUGAAGCUCCAUCGGAUACUGCUGGGAACCGCACAGAGGAUGAGGUAGACAGAUUGUCAGAGCAUCCCAUUGAAUCUGACAAUGAAAACGGUCGCCAGUCACCAGAAGGCCAGGCUCCCAUCGUAGGGCACUUACCCGACGAAGCCCAUGAAGUCUUGAAUGACUUGCAUUUAGAUGAUUCAGAUGAUGGGGGAGACUCGUCCCCUCACCCAGCAGAGUCAAAGUCUAGCAAAAACAAUAACAAUGUACCGAGAAUGUCCAGGAAAAAGAAGAUCAACCGGUCCAAAACCAGAGAAGGGAGUACUGCUCCAGCGCAAAAGAUGCGGCACUAUGAAGCAGAAGAGGUGCAAAAGUACAUGGCUAAGCAGCGUUUGGACAGAAGAAGAAGGAUGCAAGAAGAUAAAAGACAGAGGUUAUUACAAGCAGAGAAGAAAAAGGAAAAGCUGGAAGACUUGUACAAGAGACAGCGGGACAGUGCCAAGACAACGGGUCAGAAGGGUGUAGGGGUUGGUGAAAGGAUUCCUGUGGAUAAUGAAGUCGGACUACUUGAUGAGACAUUCAGCAAGGGUCAAGGCGCACUGCAGCAGCAGCAGCAACAGCGGUUAUCAAGACCUGCCACUCUGCAAAGGAACAGCCCUUACCAGGAGAACCAUAGAAAGAUUGACACGACAGGUUCCGACAAGGAGAACCGUGCCUUCUGGAGUACGUCCAGCAGCGACAGCUCACUUCGCUCCAGCCCCCAGACUGACCUGUCGUCCUCCACCCCUCAAGACCAGCAGGCCGGCGCACCUGGCUUCCAGGAACACCAGCAGCAGCAUGACAUUGGACGGGACAUCGUCCUGGAACCAGUGAAGGAGGAGGAGUCACCGCCUGUCAUUAAAAAUCAACUCAAUCAGAAUGCUAACAGAGACCAGCAACCUGCAGCCCCGGCAGGAUCAUCUCCUACUGCUAGGCCCAGGCCAGCCCAGAGCCCUGGGAAGCCUCGCAGCAAAGCAGAGAGGAUAGCAGCUCUCAAGGCGACUGCUGCGGCACUUCAAGGCAGGCUGGAGAAUGAGGUCAGACAACUCACCGGGGACCUCUCCAACCUAGCUGCCAAUGCCCUGGCACCAGGCCAUUCUCACCAAGCGUUGAGAUCACCAUCGUCGGGUGAGAGAUGGGCAUACCCUAUACCGGGUGUGGCCGCCCUGCCCCACAGUAGCUUAUCACCCCCAUCAGCCAGGCCAAGGGUACCUCCUGUACCCGCCGGCAGUAGCUUAUCACAAUCGGCCACCAAGACAGCAGGUGUAAGGUUCAGCAUGCCAGACCCGACCUCUCCGUUGGACACACUCACCAGGCAUCAAAAAGUGGCAGGGGCCAACCAGGAUUUCAAUGUCUUUACAGGGGAGCUACCAGGUGUAAGGGACCUGUUUGAGCAGGCCCUGGAGUCUCGAGACAAGACGUCCAAGAGCAGUGCUGCCACCACCAUCCAGGCAGCGUACAGGGGCCAUCAGGUCAGGCAGAAACUCGACUGGGAACUGCCCUCUGGGAGCACGCUGAAGGACCGCAUCCGUGGCACGAGAGAUGGGGUCCCCAUUCCACAGAUACGCUUGUCAACGGGGCUGUCCCUUCCCAACAAUGUGCUUCAAUCCGAUGGAGAGUCACUGAGUGAAGGUCCCUUGACUGCUGAAUCUAGUGAAGCAGAAGUGGACCAGGAAUAUACCCCAAAGUUCAAAAGCUUGCCGACCCGUGCCCGACCUCAGCAUCUCCAUGACAGCAGACAGACCAAUAUAAACUUUGGCCCCUCCCCCCAGGGACCAGAAAGAGAUGGACUAAGUGUGAUUGAUAUCUACAUGAAACGGUAUCAGGAAGCACAGAGAGACCUUAUGACAAGACAGAGAACGCGGCCGUCCAUCAAGCGAGACACAUCUCCAGGCUUGCCGCAGUCCUACUCGGAGGACUUCACUGGAGGGAGUCCAGCAUCAUCCAACGUCCACUCGAUUCCGCUGGACAGUCCAGACUUCAGCAGGGUUGGACGUAGCCCCAUCCCCAGCUCUGCUUCGGCUGACAGUAUCUCUCAGCUCGUCACCCCCAGAUCCAGGUCAUCGGGCAAGGAUACCAUUACAAGCAGACCGCCAACCGGCAGGUCAAUAUCAUUGCCCUCACCAAGGGACACCUCCUAUUCCUUUGCAGACAGUGCACACAGUCUGAACGUCUCUGAGAAAAAGAGAUCAAGAACGCCCAGUCCCCGACCCACAACAUUACGGGACGCUGGCACCCAGACUCCUCCCAGCUCCAGAAGUUCUCCUUCGUCUAUCAAAUCGCGCUCGUCGAGCAGUAGAGGGAGCCAUUCUCCGCCCAGUGAUGCUAGAUCUCCAGUCAGCGACCACAAGUCACCGGUUGAUGAGAUUAGGUCACUCAUUGAGGAUUUAAAGAAAUCCACAUCCAACGGAGAGUCUGUGCACAGUGAUGGCGUCAGGAGUGGGAUGUCACCAGGCUCAAGGACAUCACAAGGUCACUCACCAUCCGUCAGAACACCCGUAGACUCGCCUACAACUCCUCUACUAAGCCAAGGUUCAAUGCAUAGGAAUGCUAAGUCGCCAGUGAGAAGGGAGGUGCUAAGCCACUUCAAACCCAUUAGUCAUCCAGGGAGUGAGAUGUCUGGGAGGUCAACCGACGUUAGCAGAAGCACGACCUCAACGCUCACAUCAACGAUUCUCCAGCCAGGACCCAAGUUCUACUCACCCAGUGCGCUCCAACUCAAGAUGGCUGCCGAGCUCAAUCUCUUGGAAACCCUGGAGGAGUCUGUGCGGCAACUCUCCGAGGUGGAACGCACCAGGGCGGUGUCCCUGGCCCACGAGGAAAGCACUUCCCUCGCCAAGAUCCUGCAGAACCGGCAGCGGGAUCACGAGAAGGACCUGCAGCUGCUGUCGUUCAAGGCCAGGCAGGAGGUGGAAGAGGCCAACAGGCAGCUGGAGGAGGUCAAGCAGAAGGCAGCGGAGACUGCUCUUGAGGUUGAACAGGGGCGGGUGAAGGCUAGGAAGGAUGCCGCAGCGGAGACCAGGGACUCGGCCCAGAAGCUGCUCAUGACCCAGGCUGAUGCUGCAAGAAUAACGGCAGAGGCAGCCAAGCAGCUGGCAGAGGCUCACAAGGUAUCUGUUAGUAAGCCAUCACCCCCACCAGCAGUGGAUGCAGGCCAGGUUGCUGCAGAGAGUGCUAAGGCAGCAGCUUCUGCCGCAGUGACAGCAGCCCUGGAGCAGCAGAGACUCUACCAGAAGGAUAUGCUGCACGAGAUGAGGGCCUCGGUACAGCCACCUCCACCAGUCACAAGAAGUGUUGCAGCAGGUAAUUCCAGGCCGAGCUCUAUGACACCCAGCCGAAGUACGGACACCAAGACACCCUCCGCCCACUACUCCGAGGACUUCACCAACACGUCAUCAACUCAUACGCCAUCUUCUGCUUACACAGCGUCAUCCUCUCAACGAGUCCUCACGGCUCAAGACAGCUCAUUCUCUCGACAGUCCAACUCCUCCAAGAGCAUCAAGACUGCCAGUGACUUGUCCCUAGGACAUCCUGACCAAACUGAUUCAAUAGCAACGGCCAGUGACAUCGUCGCUGAUAGGGACUUCAGUAAAAGUGCUGCCAGUUCGUCCAUUAGAACGGAAUCGGGGGCUAAGGUUGCAAGCUCAACCAGGACGGAUAGCAUAUCAGAGGAUGUGCGCAACUCAAAAUCGGAGUUGGAUCAGUAUUCUCUUUCCUUCGAUGAUUCAGAAUCCUCUUCUCGGAGCUCAAUCCCGAGCGUGGUGUCUCCUUCACCGGUUAAACCUGAUGUUAAGAAAGACUCUCGCACUGCAGCGAAGCACACUUUGAAGGAUAGACCCGACUCUUCGGAUUCAGUGCUGUCAGACAAGGAAGGAUCGUUCAGUGCUGUGACCAUCGAGGUGCUCCAGAAACAGCUCAAGGAGGAAGAGGCAAGGUCCCAACAGCAGGUCACCUUACUGAAGCUGAGAGAGAAGGUGCUGGUUGAUAAGACCAACGCUGAGCUUGAGUGGUUAGAGCAUCAGAAACGAAGACUGAAGGAGAAAGACGACCAAGAUGGUGUCACCAGUCUUAGGAAGAGGCAGAGAGCUUUGUUAUCUAAGCUUCAAAUGGAGCAGAGUGAAAUCAAACAGAUGCUAGCUUCCCAGAGGCAGGCAAGCCUUGAGAGACAGCGCCUGCUUCACCAGCAGCAGGAGAUCGCCAGGAUGCGUCGCGCCGCCGCCCGCUACAAGGACCAAAUGAAGGACCUUCCACCGGCCUCGCCCAACGUCUCCUCCAUCCUCCCGACUCCCAGCGAGGAGGGAGACGAGGCCUCCAUGUCGGGCUCCGACUCCAUGCUCCUCUCGCCUCCGGGUGGAGAAGCAGGAGCCAGGGAUUCGACCAUGGACGCCUCGGCCAUGGAGAAACAAGCCAGGGUCCUGCAGAAGCUCAAGAUGCUGCAACAGCCCCUCAGCAUGAAGUUCCUGAUGAAGCGCGAGACGAAGCUGAAGAAAAGGCGUCAGAACGCUGAGGAGCUUCUAGCCUGGAAGCAGCGUCUGGAUGAGGAGGAGAAGCAUGUAGCCUCCAUGGAGCACGAGGUUCUUCACCUGUGGGAUGGAGCCAAACGCAAGAUAAAGCCCACCGCUGCCACCCCUUCUGCUCCCGCGUCUCAGUCACCUGCCCGAGACACCACGGGUGAUGGGGAUGAUGAAUCGGAGGACUACUCCCUGCCGACGAGCACCAGCGGUAAGACCGAUGCCAGUAGGACCGCGUCUGAAUCUCAACAAACCGGCACUAAGACCACCCCUACCACUACCUACGAUAGGAGGCUAGGGAGCAGCAGCGAUGCGUCCAUCAUGGAAGAGUUGAACACUAGUAGCAUCGCAGAGGAGAUUGGCUCAGAGAAGACACAGUCCAAAAGCAUUUCUGAGAGUCCCCACGCAGGAGCUGAACUGUCCAGUGACGAUACUAUCAAGGAAGCGUCUGGCCUGCAUGAAUACACCAAUGACUCCUUCGACUCUACCGCAGACCGCACCCUCACCCCUUCCAAACACAGCAGCCACCAAGGCGGCCCGGUGCCUCCCAUCGGGGGGGUAUCCACCUCACCGGGGGGCCAGGGUCUGACGGCCCUCAGUUCGUCAACGCCCAAGUCUAUGAGAAAUGCGAGCACACUGCCAUCAUCGUCCAGUAGGGGUCCCUUCCUACCACGUGCCAGGAACAGACAUCCUUCAGACAGUGGCUCAGAGUCAGAGAAAUCUUUCUCUCAGACUAUGUCAGAAACGGCCUCUGACCAGAGUGACAUCGAAGGUCGUGUGCGAGCUCUGAAGGACGCCCUUAAGAGGAGAAAGAUGGAGGCGGAUCGACUAAGGAAGCAACAGAAGAGGCUGAACCGAGAGAAGCUGAAGGCCCAAGAAGCCAGCUUGAAGAAGCAACUUGAGACCUACGACAGGUUCGUAGAGACCACCAAGGCCGAGCUGGAGCAGGAAUCCAAGAAGCAGAAGCUACAAGGAAGUAGCCAUCUUCUUUCCACACCCUCAGCCAAACCUCAGAUCAAACAACCCAAGGCCGGUGCCGACUCCCUCCGCCACGCCCGCGCCUUGCGUCAGAGGACGGCCUCGGACAGCAGCCAAGAGGGCGCCCUCUAUGAGGCAAGAAGUGCGGCGUCGAGACCGAGCGUGUCGGAGAGCGGACGAUCAAGUAGAUCCAGUCUGGAGGGUGGAGUGCCUGCUGGAGAGGAGAGGGUACCGAGUGUUCUUGGUGGUAGCGUGUCCUAUUCGUCAUUCAGCGCUACAUCCUCACCCAGCACACAUCACAGUGAAGGUGGAGUCAGUCCCAAGUCACCUUACAGCCUCUCAAGGGACCACAGUGCAUCAGCCAGCAGUAGUAUUGCAGAAGACAUCAGUAUUAGGAGUGAUUAUUCAGACAAGGAGAGUGCUCAGGAUUCUGAGAAGUUUGACUCUGAGGAUCAUCGAAAGAUCAAGGAAAAACUACAGCAACAUCAUCGCGAGGAGGAAGAAAAGGAUGCGGAAAGAACUCCUAGUGUUCCCAUGAUCAAUGGAAGGAGAUCAGGGGAUGGUCGGGAUGCAGAAGAGGACACUCCAAAGGCUACUACAAGUGUAAGCCCAGCUUUGGCUUACAAACCAACUCCAUCACCUGGAGCCGAUGUCGAUGACGAUGUGUCCAUAUCCUCGUCGGUUCCAGAGGAGAUCAUCUCUGCAGCGAGCAUACAAACCCAGGACUCGUUUGAAGAAUCAAAGUCUGCUGUCAUUAUCUCAAACUUGCCAGAAUCUGAUCAUGAACUGUCUCUUGGGGACAGUCUCGUUGAGUCUCCAAGACAUGCGCCAAGUUCUCCUCCAGCAUCGCAAUCUCCUGCAGGUGGGAAGGCUGCUGUGACCCCAGUCCCUGAUGACUCUUCACAGAGGAGCAUCGGGUCAAUACCAAGUUCAGUCCAUUCACGCUCUUCACGAUCACCCAGUGUCAAAUCAGAAGCUGGCUACAGCGAGGAUUUCUUGGAAUCCUCACCCACUUUGAAGCGCUCAGACUCAAAAUCUGACACGGACGAGGAUAUCAGUGAACACUUGAGCGAAGUGAGCGAGGUGUCUCUUGCAAAGAGCAGUCCAAGUCGAUCUUCGGGGCACCUUGUAUUUGAUUUGAAGGACAGAUCUCCUGUUCAUGAUGAACCUAGUCUUGACUUUGACCCCCCAGAAGUCACAGUGAUUCCUCAAAAGGCAGAGGAGAAGGAGGAGGAAGAAGAUGUCUUUGAUGACAAACUUGCCCAGGACUUAAUUGGAGAUGCUACACCAGAGCCAAAAAUUAAGGAGGUUCUUCCUGACUUCCAGAUUGGGGACCGUGUUCUAAUCGGUGGCAAAGAACCUGGCACUUUGCUUUUCAAGGGCCCGACCAAAUUCGCCAGUGGAAACUGGAUAGGGGUAGAGCUUGAUGAGCCAGAAGGCACCAACGAUGGCACCCUCAAAGGCAUUGCUUACUUCACCUGCAAACCAAACUAUGGCAUCUUUGCCCCUGAAGAUAAGAUUGCACAUCUCCCCGAGGACUACAAGCCAUCUCAGGAGUCGUUGAACGAGGAGGCCUCGGAGCAGUCUUCCAUCGAGGAAGAUAUUUCCAGCCAAUCAUCUGUGAGGACAGUUUCUGAAAGUGACCUUGUUAAAACCAAGAGUGUCAGUAAUGACAUAGCUCAAGAGCAGAGAUCUACAGAGAACAAAGUAGAGGAGGACAAGGAGAGUGAUAGGUCACUAUCUCAACUCACAUCCAUUAAAUCUGAGGACAUUCUCGAAGAGGCCACAGAAGAUGAGCUGUCUGAAGCUGGCAUUGAUGAUGAUGCCUUGGAGAAGUUGAUCAGCCAUGCAGCUGAAGCGGUAGAGUCAUUCUCAGUAGAUGAACCUGGUCUAGGGAAGGGAGAUGCUGCACUUGUGACUCCCAGAGGAGCACCAGAGGAUGAGUUUCCAGACAUUGAAGAACUGCCUCAUGAGGAUGAGCAAGAGGGUAAGCAGGAUGAAGCUGAAAAUCGUCUCGUGGACACAAGCACAGAUCAUUUGACUGAGGUUAUUGUGAAGGACACAUUUGAUGCUGUGUUAGAAUUAGCCAGGAAGCAGAAACAGGAUGAAGAAGAAGAGAAAUCAAAAGACAGUUUAUUGAAAUUAAUUGUUUCUGCUGAAUCAUCUAGGAGUGAUAGUGAAUCUUCGGAAGUGCUUGUUGAAAAAUCAGAAGAAGAAAUUCCUGAGAAGGUGCCCCAAAAGAGUGCCGAGAAGAAAGCAGACUCUGUCGCCAAAUCACUUAUAAAUGAAGCCAUCAGUGAAGUAUUGCGGUUGAGAGACCGGAAGAACGCAAAGAUUGAACUUGCAAACGAGAGAGUGAAGAAGUCAGCAUCACAGGAAAUCAAGACACCAGAACAUUCAUUGUCUCCAGAGUUUCGUCCAGAGACUCCAUACACUCCAGACAAGAGUCCUGAGAGGAAAGUUGACAACAUGACUGCACUCGAUGAUGACAUCUUUAUUAAUAGGGUACACAUUGAGUCCAGCUCUGGUAGCGAUAACGUUCCUGUGGCGAGACCAGGUUCACCCAUCUUUGGUGAAUCUGGAAGCGUGAGCCCGGAGGCCCUGAAUGAGAAAUUAGAGCAGCUCCAGCUCCUAGACAAAGACAUUCUUGAGGCAGACCUGUUUGGUGACCAGGAAUGGUUUGAUGAUGAUUUUGGCUCCAUGAAGAAAAGUCAGAGCAUCAUUAAGGUACCAGAGAGGGUAGUGUCACCCAAGAAAGCAGAGACUCCAGCAGGAAUAGCUGCCCAAGCUGCCAAAGCUGCCCAAGAAGCAAAGGCAGCUGCCAAACAGAGAAACGCAAAGUUAGACUUGAAAAAGAUAGUGGAGGAACCAUUCUUUGCCGUGCCUCAUAAUAUCAGUGACGUGACAGACCUUGCCAGCCAAUCCGUUAAAGUCUUCCAUGAUAAGGUGCAAAAUGAGGAACCUGUUGCUAAUGUGGUGCCACCAUCAACCAUUAUGGGUUCUGAUACCAAAGGAUCAGACAUCGAAAGCACAAGUAAGAAAGCAUACAAGAACUUAAUAUUCACUCUGUCUGGUGAAGUCUACCAAGCCAUCUGCCAAGAGCAGGAACCAACCGUCCAAUCUCCUUGGAUGAAACCCAAGCGUAAACCCCGUCAAUACUUCUUCCAGCAGCCUCCGAGUGAUGAAACGGAAAUGGCGUCAGCCGUGGAGGGCCGUGUACUGGCUCUUUCUGGCCUCAUUACCAAACAAAAACAAGACAGUGCUGUGGCUGGCAGCAAACUGAGCAAGAAGAAAGAUCAUGUUGACGAGAUUUUAAUCGAUGAACUCAAAGAGGAGGAGCCAGAAUGGAUAGACUAUGACAAUGAUGAACUGUCCGUCAAGAUGCAGCUAGCAGAUGCUCUGUUCGAUUCCUUGCUAAUCGAUACAGCUAUAGCGCUACAGCAGAUUGAGGAUAAGAGGAAAGCAAGAGCCGAGAAGCGUCACCAAGAAGAUCACUUCAGUCACCAGGAUGUGGAGUUCUGAAGAAGCCUUAGCAGCAUGAAGGUCUCCAUGAAGAGUAUGGCUUGAAUCAGCCAUCGAAGGCUGUCUAGCCAGGAUUGAGAGCAAAGUCAUCCGGACAUCGUGCCAGAAUCCUCAUUGAUUGCCAGUGCAGUGCAAUCAACCGAUGACGCAGUGUUGUGGCCAAGUCCCAUGCAGAUCUGGGAGGAACAUCUAUAUGCAGUUCACUGCUGAGCUGGACGUCAACCGGUCUACCAUAAUGGUUUGGUGCUAGGUACUGGUAUAUUUCCUAACCAAUGAAAGGAGCACUCUUGCCAUGUGCAAAGCUUUUAGUGAUUUCAAAUAUCAUGUGCAGAGAAGAAAAAUACCUUUGAAGGACUUCGCUUAUCUAUCCAAAAUACCAUUUUACAAUCAAUGCAUUACCCUAUAAGCCUUAAACCACAUUGGGCAUAGUUUAUUGACAAAAUUUACGGACCUAUCUUUGAUGCGAACGUGUAACUUCAUUGCCAACCCCAAGCGGCAUUUUACUCUGCUACAAAAGCGAUUGACCAACUCAUAUAUCGUCUGCUGAAAGCCAGAAGGGCGCUAACACUUUUUACAAAUAGUUAACGCCCUAUUGGCUGCCAGCAGACAGUAUGUUUCGUCCCUCUGUUUGGAAUGGUGCUUCAACAAAAAAUGAAAUGUUUGCCCACAAUAGAGAAGCCGGAGCAUUCUCUUUUGUCCUUUUGAGGGGAAGUAAAGUUGAUUCUUUUUAUUUAAAAAAAAAAAACACUUUGGGCUCCUGUUAUGAAUUCAUGAAACUAAUAUCUGGGUUAUUUCUUAAAUUAUUUAUAUAUUCUUUUCAAUUUUAUCGUGACACUUUUGGGGGUUGACAUUUUCAUCAUUCUUUUGAACUGCAUUCAUUGUACGUGUAGUGAUGUCCUAGGUUACUAUCAAGGUUGAUGCACAGACCGAAGGCCAAUCUUAUUUGGUUGUUGGCACAUUCUACAAUAUGCAGCUUGAGAUGUGUGUGAAAUCUGUACAUUUUAAAGAAAUGGAAGUUUAGAUGUGUCUUUCUUGUUUUGACAUAGACUAUAACAUGGCAAUGUAUUGCAUAGGUAGAGACAGCCACGGGAUAAUUUAUAUAUACAUAUAUAUAUCUAUUUUAGAUGGUAGUUGUAUUUUACUUGGAAAAACUUUGGGGGAGGGGGAGGGAUUGGGCGGGGGGGCUAAGAAUCUAUGUUGUCAGUUAUUCCUUGAUAUUCUUGGUAUAGUCUUGAAAAAAAGUUAUUGGGCUGUGGCACAUAGUCAUCCUUAUUCCACCAAUUCUAUUAUACCUGGGGCGCGUUUCACAAAACUUGUCAUCAGUGACAAAUGACAGUUUUUGUUAUAAGCUACUGAAAUCCUUGCUUCUGAUUGGUUAUCAGCAGAUUUGUCACUGAUUUUUGUCAUUGAAAAAAGGCUUUGUGAAACGGGCUCCAGAUCUUGGGUUUAUGAUCACAUUUAACAAUGGAAAUUGUAGACCUCAGACAAACUGUUAAACUCAAUUUUGAACAAAAUCUGAAGCCCAGCAUCGGAUUAAAAUUUAGUUAGACUAUGGGCCAAUAUGUGCUGUUCAAUGUCUAACUGUAGCUGCAGCCCUGGGAAACUUCCUGUGCAUAGGCAUGUUCAUCUACUCGUUUGAUUCUUGUUGAUUAUUGAUGUGAAUUUGAUACAAAUGAAAGUUUUCUUCCAUAACGGCCAAAGGGAAGUGCCUGCGUUUGAUUCCAUGUGGGGCAACAGUGGAUGAUUUCAGUUAAUAACCUUACGUUCAUUCACAGAGAUAAAAAUUUUCUUUGCAAUGGCAGAAGAAAAGAAAAAAUAUUUGCAAUAAUGGUUCCAUUGUACAUGUAUCUUGCUUAUGAACUAAACAGAGCUGAUGCAUGUUACAAAUUCAUAUAUUUUGGUUAUUGUAUCGCAAAUUUUUUAUAGUUCAAUAAUUUUUAUAUCAAUUUUUAUACCAGUUUUGUGACGGUCUGUGAAACCCAGUGGUGAUUUGAUUAAGCAAGCGUUUGGGGGUUACAGAGUGUGCCCUUAUCGCUUGGGCUGUUUUGCUUUAAAUAUUACAACGAUGACGCUUGUCUUAAACAUCGAAGAGUGAAGUAUGUCUCAUUUAUAAUUGAAGUUUUUCAUUCUAGCAUAUGACCGUAUACCAUACAUACAUCAUAUAUGUACAUGUACACAAUGUAUUUUGAAGAUGAAGAUGUCCUGUUCAAUUGAGAACAACUGUAUUGUCCCAGUGAUUCACUUUAAAACCUGUCUGCACUAGUUUGGCCAGGAGGGAUGACACCUCCCUGCAUGGUCGCUGACAGAUUGGUUAUCUCAUCAAAUCAGCUCUCAAUUAACAUAAGAAAAAGGGGACCAUGAGGGACCAGCGGUCACCGAUUAGGCAUUGUUUGCUAUAUAGAGGGCGCAAGUAGCUAUAAGUAGUGCAAUGGGGCCUUUAACCCGUUAGAAGUAUAUAGAGCAUUCUGAACAAAUGUAGGCCUACAUGGCCUUGUACCACUGUGAUAAUAUAGAAAACCUUGUCAGCUGCUAUAUGUAUAGUCAGGCCUGCUAUGCAAAAUACAUAUGAAGCUGCCUUCUAAGAAAUGCCUGAUUCCAAAUCAAAGGCCUUGCCAAUGAGUUUUGCGUUUCUAUAUACAUGUAAAUGAUUACAGACUUUGAUACAGCCCAUGGGUCGAUUAAUCAUCUAAAAUUGAUUUUUCGAUGUUUUCAUCGUUGUUUGUUCGAUGUGAUCAAUGUUUAGGCUCGAUGAAACACACCACUCUCUCCCAUCAUGCACCAGAAAUAUACAUUUUAUAAGAGAUGGUGUAAUGGAAAGAUAUUUUGCCUUGGUUCAUAUUAGUUAUUAAUCGGCAAAAGAUUCAUUCAUUGUUUUAAUUUUGUCUAAGCCAUCUUUAAAGUGAAAAAAGCAUCAAGAACAACCAAUUUUUUUUAUAGAGUAACCACACAUUCAGAAGUAUAGUAUCUAGAAAUAUGUUAAAGAAAAGUUUAUUUGUUUAAGGACACAGAUAACAGUAGAAGACUCUUUAAAGAUAAAAUGUGGAAUAUUCAAUCCAGUUUUCCAUUAUACUUUUACAUUUUUGUGCCUCCGCCACCAGAGGCAUUAUGUUAUAGGGUUGUCCGUCCGUCACACUUUUUGUUUACACAAUAACUCAGAAACCAUUGAAUGGAUUUCAAUCAAACUUGUAUGUAUGAGCAAGGAUGAACUGAUUAAAAUUUGGGUGUAAGAGGUCAAAGGUCACUGGUUCAUUAAUGUGUUUAAAUCACCAGAAAAGUCUGAUAUUAAAUUAAUAGAUUAACAAAAAUUGAACUAAAUGUGAAGGGGAAAAAAUGCUCGAGUAUGUAUGAGCAUGAAAAGAUGAAAUGACAAGAGUUGUGGUUCAUGAGGUCAGAUGUUAAAGGUCACAGGGUCAUUAUCAAUGAAUAGACGUAGACUAUAAUAGUGGAGGCAUAUCGGAGAUGGAGUCGCAUUCAUCUUUGUUUAACCAGGAAUCCUUGCCUUUUUUAUAUAUGUAUGUACCUAGUCCAAUAUUGUACAGUUUGUCUUUAUAUUAUUUUAGUUUAAAGGAAGAAUUCCAUCUCUUUAUUUUGACAUUCUACAAGUAUUUGACACCUCGCCAAGAUGUCCAUGCUAUAUUUUGCUAUCAUUUAUAUAAUCGGAAUGUAUUUUUAAAAUAAAGAGUUUUAAUGAGUGUACAUUUUGAUAAAGUGGUAUGGACUAGGGGCAAUUAUGUAACUCAGAAUGGUAUGGAAAUUGACAGUAAAAGAAACCGCAGCUGGUACAUGUAUUUAGAAAACUGAGAUAUACAUGUGAGUGGAUAGGUUUAUGCAUCUGUUGUACAAAUUGUUGUUAAAUUUAUGCUGGAUUGUAAAUAUGUACAUAGUUACAAUAAAUCUUUUUCAAGGUGAUGAUGGAAAAUAGUGAGGUUUGUAUUAGCAUAUCAUGUAAAACAUGACCAAGUGCAAAUAUAUGGUAUUCCAUGUGUAAUAAUGCAUUUCGACACAUAUGGGCAUGUUAUGAGGACGGUUUGUAUAGAUCUAGAAUAAGAAUGUAGGGAAUCGCGGACGUAUUCACAUUUUUAUAAAUGCCGUUCAGCUUCUGUUGUUUUAUUUUAAUAUAUUUGCUCAUGCCUGAAAUAUGACAGUUUUGCUUAAAAUGUCUCAUAUACUCAUUUUUUUGAAGCAUCUCUUCUUAUGGUGUGAUAUGCAGGAAAUUUAUGAAAGCUGCAAUAUCCUUUCUUGACAAUUUUUUAUACCAGCAACUUUGUGCAUUAAUAUUGGAUUAUCUAACCAAGUGCAUUUAACUUGGGAUGUUUGUAAGAAAAUUCUUUUUGGUGAAAUUUUAUCAAAUGUAGCCAGCAUGCUGUAAUGAUGCCUGAUAUGAAAACUGACACUAUUAUUGUAAAGAAGACAGUUGCCUUGUACAUAUAAAACCAGAUGUAGAUAUCUAUGUGUAAAUGUAUAUGAGAAUGUAUAGCUGUAUGUGUCAUAAUGUAAAUAAUAAACUAAAUGAUCAUUAUGUGAAUAAACGGCAAUGUAAGAGGGCCCCUCAUAUCAAACAGA